AGUGGCACACCAGUGUGGGACAGAAGGAGCUACAGGCCCCCUCCCACAUUAAAGAGGAGCAGCUUCAUGAUGAAGAUGAAGCUCAGUCCUUACAGCUUCAUCACAGUCAAAGUGAGGAGAACAGAGGGGCGGAGCUUGUAAGUCAACACAUCACAGAAGCUGAUGGAGAGCAUUGUGAAGAUAUCAAGUCAGAACCAGACAGCAUCUUUGCUCCACUGUCAGACAUGGACCACAUGAUGUCACACUCUUCUGAUCACAGUGACCACAUCCAAAAACCUUUGGAGAGUAAAAAUGACUCUAAAGGUGAUACGAGACAUCACACUAACAACAAACACUUUGACUGCUCUGAAUGUGGGAAAUCAUUUAGACAGAAGAGUCAUUUUACAGUACACAUGAGAACACAUACUGGAGAGAAACCUUUUACUUGCUCUGUUUGUAAGAAGAGUUUCUCCAGAAAGCAAAUCAUGACCAGACACAUGAGAACACACACUGGAGAGAACCCUUUUUCUUGCUCAGCUUGUGCUAAAAGAUUCAACACUAAGAAUGAAAUGAUAUUACACAUGAGAACACAUCUUGGAGAGAAACCUUUUACUUGCUCCGUUUGUAAGAAGAGUUUCUCCAAAAAGUGUAACAUGACCACACACAUGAGAACACACACUGGAGAGAAACCUUUUGCUUGCUCAGCUUGCAUUAAAAGAUUCAACACUAAGAAGGAAAUCAUAUUGCACAUUAGAACACACACAGGUGAGAAAUGUUUUGCUUGCUCUGUUUGUAAGAAGAGUUUCUCCAUAAAGCGUAACAUGAUCAGACACAAGAGGACACACACUGGAGAGAAACCCUUUACUUGCUCUGUUUGUAUGAAGAGUUUCUCCAACAAGCAUCACAUGACCACACACAUGAGAACACACACUGGAGAGAAACCGUUUAGUUGCACUGUGUGUGAUAAGAUGUUCAGGUUUAAGUAUCAGGUCAGUAGACACAAGUGUGUAACAGUCAUGGAAGCUGCAGGGAUUUAAAAACAGUUAAACAGUGAUUGUGCUAAAUGUAGUUUAAAAACACAGCAUGUUUAAUAAGAAUGUAUAUUUGAUGUUGUAUGUAGUGCUUCUCAUCUUCUAGUCUUAUAUGUUGUCCUGUACUUACUUUUUAAGUUGUGUGCAUGUAUUGAAUAUUAUAUAUGUAGCUACUGUUAAGUUCCACUCUUCUACUCCAAAAAGGACCCAAGGACAACU